AUGGCGCAGAAGCCGAUCAGCACCGCGGCGGCGGAGCGCAUGAAUCUGGUGGCCCAGGACGAGAUCUGGUGAGAUUACCGCCUGCGGGCCGAGUCGGAAGCGCGCCAGAACUGGAGCCAGAAGUGGGGGUUCUUAACCACGCCCUUGGAGGAGCUGAUCAGGGGAGAGGAGUUCCCCGCCCCGAAGCCAAUCCAGCUUCCCGAGAGCUUCCAGAUCCGGCCCGUGACUCCCGUGGACAAGUACAUCAAGGUGCUGCCUUCGCCUCGUCCCAAAACCACCCAGGGCUUCAUCGGCUGGCGCUCGGGGGUCCCGGACCUGAACCGGAACCUGGACUACGACCGCGAGGUCCGCAGCUGCAAGGGCGCCUACGCCCGCGAGCUGUGCUGGCCCGAUCAGGGCUUGAACUGA